AUGGUUCUCCGUCUUGGUGAUGAAGCUCCCAAUUUUAAAGCAAAGACCACUAAAGGUGAAAUUGAUUUUCAUGACUUCAUUAAAGCAGAUUUUACACCAGUCUGUACUACAGAACUUGGAGAAGUAGCUCGUCGUCAUAAAGAUUUUACAGAUCGUGGUGUAAAAGUUAUUGGUCUUUCAGCCAAUGGAUUAGAAGAUCAUGAGAAAUGGGUUGAUGAUAUUAAUGAGGUUAACAAUGUUACUGUUAACUUUCCUAUUAUCGCUGAUGCUGAUCGUAAAGUGGCAACUUUAUAUGAUAUGUUGGAUCAUCUUGACGCCACUAAUGUCGAUACCAAGGGAAUUCCUUUCACUGUUAGAAAUGUUUUUAUUAUCGAUCCCAAAAAGACAAUUCGUCUUAUGAUUACUUAUCCUGCUUCUACUGGUCGUAACUUUGAUGAAGUGAUUCGUGUCAUCGAUUCUCUUCAAUUAGGUGAUAAGCAUCGUAUCACUACUCCAGCAAAUUGGAAGAAAGGUGACGAAGUUAUUAUUCAUCCAGGAGUUUCUAACGAAGAAGCAAAUGAAUUAUUCCCUAAUUAUAAAACCCUUAAACCAUAUCUUCGUAUGACAAAAUCUCCUUUCUAA